UGCUCACUCCCAGCCGCGGCUCGCGACGCUCCGUCAUGUGUCAGAACGCGGAACAAAGCGAACACCGGUGUUGUCAGACCGAGUCCGCGGUUGUUCUGGUCUAGCUAUGUGCGCUGAAGGAUCUCCCGAAAGUGCACUUGCGACGUGAGGAGAUGUAAUGGACGCGGGGGACAGAGAGCGAAGACGGGUGACGAGAGCCCGUGAGAGGUCGAGCUCCCGCACCGGGGCGGGCAGUACUGUGCUGCGCGCGCUAAGCGUCGGGAACUUGGACGACAAUGACACGAUGGAGGACGAGCGCCUCAAAAACGACCUUCUGGAGCGGAAGGUCGUGGCGCCGCGGUACAGCCUGGUCCGAGAGAUCGGCAGAGGCAGUUACGGGGUGGUGUACGAGGCCAUAGCGCGGAGGUCUGGCGCUCUGGUGGCCGUGAAGAAGCUGCGCUGCGACGCCCCCGAGAACGUGGAGCUGGCGCUGGCUGAAUUCUGGGCCCUCGCGAGCCUCGAGAAGCGGCACGAGAACGUGGUCCACCUGGAGGAGUGCGUGCUGCAGCGGAGCGGCAUGGCGCAGAAAAUGAGUCACGGCAACAAGCGGUCGAGGCAGUACUUGCGCCUGGUGGAGACUUCCUUAAAAGGUGAGCGGGUACUGUCCAGUCCCCAGGAGCCGUGCUAUUUGUGGUUUGUGAUGGAGUUCUGCGAGGGAGGAGACCUGAACCAGUUCAUCUUGUCUCGUCGGCCCGACCCACACACCAAUGCCAGCUUUAUGCUGCAGCUGAGCAGUGCUGUGGCUUUCUUGCACCAGAACAACAUCGUGCACAGGGACCUCAAACCAGACAACAUUUUGAUUUCAGAACGCUCAGGCACGCCCGUGCUCAAGGUGGCUGACUUUGGCCUGAGCAAAGUAUGUGCAGGGCUGGGGAUGGCGUCAGGCUGUCGUGCUUCUGACGAGACAGAGGACAACAAGAACAAAAAUAACAUCAACAAGUUUUGGCUGUCGUCAGCAUGUGGCUCGGACUUCUACAUGGCCCCUGAGGUGUGGGAAGGCCACUACACAGCUAAGGCUGAUAUUUUUGCCCUGGGGAUCAUAAUCUGGGCCAUGAUCGAACGGAUCACAUUCAUAGACGCAGAAUCAAAACGGGAGCUGCUGGGCACGUAUGUGCGACAGGGUGCGGACAUCGUGCCAGUAGGAGAGGCUCUGCUGGAGAAUCCAAAGAUGGUGCUGAGCAUUCCUCAGCGCCGCCGCUCACAAAUGUCCGAUGCCCUCCGGAAACUUCUGCAGGACAUGCUGGCUGUCAACCCUCAGGAUCGGCCUGACGCACUGGAGCUGCACAGCAGGAUGGGGCAGGUCACCUGUGCUGCCUGAUCCCAGACUCCUCCGGCGUGCUAACACAGGCUGUUCCUUAUGGGACCCCACAUUUCUGCACAGAUGAAGGGACAGCUGCUGUGGAAUACUGUGAAGAUUCCGUUGCAAAUCUAAUGUGAAGAAAAGGAAGCUUCCAUGCAGUGACCUAUUAGGAUGCAAAAAAAUUUUUUUUUCUUUUCUUCAUUUUAAUGUUUCCAUUCAAUCUUGUUUACAAUGUAGUUUUUUCAAUGUUGUUUCCUUUUGACUAGAGGGAAAUUGUAUUUUUGUAGUUGCCUAAGGUUGAUUAAGUCUCUGUUUGUGAGCGGUUGUUUUCUAAGAUGGAGAUGCUUUUAAGUUCAUGUACUUUACACAGUUUAAUUGCUUCUGCAUUUAGUUUUUUUCCUCCCCAAAAGACAAUGAUGCAGUACACAUACAUUCUACACAUCUCCAAAUUGGAACACUAAGUUCAUUAUGCUAAGUUCAAAUUGUUACCAAACAUGCAGAGAUACUAAACCACUACUGAAGAAACUGUAGAAUGAUUUGAACCAUAAGAGACACUGCAGUAGAAGAUUUUCUAAUCUGCUUCUUGUACUGUGGGGUCUAAUCUACGAACAGUCCUAACCUAGGACAUGUUCUCAUUUUAGUGCCCUCAGACAUGAGAAAAAUGUGAGACAUCUUUAAUAUUAUUGUUAUCUUGCCAUGUUUUUUAUUUGUGAGAUUUAUUUUUCCCCUUUUUUCAUGUCUCGUUUCAUGCAGUCUCUGUGCCUUGAAUUGCAAAACGUGUGGAGGUGGAAAUUUACACUUCAUACUGCACAUGCUGAAAAUGGUCUCCAUACCUUUUACAUGCUUACCUUUUACUCUUGAAUGCUAACCGAAUGCAUUUGAAACCAGUGGGUGCCAGUUGUACACAAAGAUCAACCUUCACCUGCUAAAGAGCCUCAAGCUCACAUAGACAUAUGCAGUUGCUCAACCUACUGUUCAGCAGAAAUAGGGAUUUUGUUUUUGAUAAUCAAGAGAAGGUGAUGGUGUAUUGCCGAUGUUUUAGGGAACAAAUAUUAGUGCUUUUUUUUUUUUUUUUUUUUCCCUUGUUUUUAAAGCUCAUGGUCAAUCGUUAAUGUUUUAUAGUCCAUUUUAAAAGGAUUGAUUGCCUUUUUUAUUGGUUGAUUGUAACAACCCAACACUACCUUUUUUGUAUAGUUAAUUUUUUAGUUGGAGUGAAACUGCUAGUGUUCCUGGAACAGAGUAAGAGUAUUUCAUCUUACCUUUCACUAAAUCUGCUGUGGCAAUGAUACUGUCACAUAAGCCAAACAUACUUGGAUUGGGUUGAUCUGAACUCUGAAUGAGGAAAAAGGUGUGUGUGUGUGUGUGUGUGUGGGAGUGAGUGACUGUAAAAGAGUGUGUGCCAGCAUGCUCAUGUGUGCUGUGUGUUCUACCUCUUGUGUGUUUAGAAACUAAUCCACUAAAUGAACAGGCUUUGUGGUCUUUGGUGAGACAUAGUGGUAGCUGGUGUGUUUUCUGGA